AUGCUUGUAUCUCUUCUACGCGUCAUCGUUGUGGUUUUGGUCAUCGUUGACGCGCCGACGGAAGCUAGAACAGAAACAAAGAAAUUUGUGUACAACAUUAACGGGCUUGGAGCUUACAGUUUUGACCUCAGUUCCAUAGCGACGACUCAAGAUUUAAUGACAGAAGAAUUAUUUGAAAAUAUGAAAUAUCCAGAGCUCAUGUUGUGUAUUGCAAUCAUUGCAUCAAUGUAUAAAAAAUCGGCGGUGGCGUAUAAGUUGGACGUAGAUAAUUUAUAUAAAGGGGAAUACAGUUACAGCUAUGAAAGUGACGAUGGUACCAUAAUGGAGGAUCGUCAAGGGAAACUCGACGAGAACGGUGAUCAAAUAGUCGAAGGAUCUUACAGUUUCCGUAUUGGUGAUAUCCAAUACAAAGUGACGUACUAUGCUGAUAAAAAUGGGUACCAUCCCACUUAUACCAUUUCUAAAAUCCCAGUACUAGAAAGAACAUAUUUCAGUUUGCCUUCACGAGCAGUUGCAUCUGUAUUGGGAUAA